AUGGAAGCUUAAAUUGGAUUUAAAAUAAUGCCUUACUAAGAUCAUAUUUGUUCUCAAAUCCUUUUUGCUAAGUAUUCUUAAUCAAAUUAAGAUUGGAGUGCAAUUUACAUUUAAAAAACACCAUAACAUGCUUUAACUUAUAUAUAUACAAAAUAUGAAAGAUUUAAGGAAGUCUGUUUAAUGAAAUUCAAAUUUAAUGAUAAGAUUAAAUUUAUUCAAUUAGAUAAUGAGAAUUUUUCAAAAUAUAAUCUUCCUUCAAAAGAUAAAGCUUAAAUUACUAGAGUUAUGUUGUUUAGUAAUUAUGGGAUUACAAUUGAAUAGAAUUAACCAUUAAUGGACACAUUAGGAAAAUUGAAUAUUGGAUUGAUAAUGGAAGAUUCUGAAAAAUAGUAUGAAUACAUUGUACCUCAUUAAUUAUUACAAGAUGGAGAAUGUUAUGAAUCUAAUAUUCCUUUAAAGUUUUAGAGGCAUGAAUCAAAAGUAUUUAGAACUGUAAAAUUGAUUAUUAAUAAUGAAUCUUAAGAUUUAGAUUAAUAUUAGGAUAGAAUUCAUGAAUUCCCUUUAAAUUUUGAUAAUUUAUGA